AUGGUACAGAUUACUCUAACACACAAGGGUGUCUUCGUUCUUGUCGUUGGAGGGCUUGCUCUCCUGCUUUUCCUUUUCUCCGAUGGCAGCCAAACGAGCUAUGAGACAAAUCCUGAUGUUAUUAGUCUUCGGUCAAUUUUUGUAACUUUGGUGAUGGCAGUUGAAGAGGCUGGUUGUGCCAUCAAGACUGUGCAUGAGCUUCAACGAUCAGAACCAUUCAACUUGCACAAAAAGUCUGCUCUUCUUAAUUUGAACCCUACUGGACAUGUGACUAUGGAGGAAGUCGUAACAGAAGCCGACCUCCUCUCGAAUUACUGCAUAAUUAGACGCAUCAAACUGCUUCGACCGGAUUUUACCUCACAGAUCAACUCAGAGGAGCGUGAGGCUCCCAAACAGUCGUCGAUAACGUUGGCUAUGAAGACCAUUCUCGUGGGAGCGCAAUCUCUAGCAAGACGCAAACAACUUCUUGCUAUGCUACCAGAACAGGACAUCUUCUUGCACCUGCGCCAAGUCUCCCUCUGGAUCGAUCCUCUGGACGCAACACAAGAGUACAGUGAAGAUCUUCUCAGCUUUGUCUCGGUGAUGGGCUGUGGAUCUAUACAUGGCGAACCCGUUUUCGGUGUUGUUCACUUCCCCUUCCUUAAUGUCACUUAUUGGUCCUCAUUGGUCAAUCAUCUUUCGCCAAAUCUGCGAAACAUUCCCAAACCUGAGAAUCGCAUUCUUUCUCCAUCAAAUCCGCUGCGAAUUCUCAUCUCCCGGUCGCACAGUUUGGGUAACUUCACUGAGAGGCUAAGAAGGGCCUUCGGCUCUACACCGAUUGAGGUUAUUCCAGCCGGCGGUUCAGGCUACAAGAUGAUGGAACUGGCGCGUGGUGCAGCGGAUCUCUACGUGCAUGCGGGUGGAGCACGGCGGUGGGACAUAUGCGCUCCCUCGACCAUCCUGCAGGCGCGCGGUGGAGUGGUGCGCACUCUGACAGGCGACACUCUCCACUUUAAUCAUAACGAUCCCAGUGACCUCGACGCUCGCCAAGGCAUCUUUGCAGCAGCCUCACGUGAACUCUACAACACUUGGGCAUCCACUGUCGCUUCCCUCAUCUUGGAUACUACUUCCACUAAAUCUUAA